AUGUCACAUUCUGAUGAAGAAAGCACAAGUGGAGAAAAUCUUGAUGUAACCGAUCUAUCAAAAUUUAAGAUCUUUCAUUGUCCUGGAGUUAGCUACGCCAAGCAAUUUAUCAAACAUGGACAACUACUAAAUCAUCUUUCAACUGGUAAAACUAUAACACAUUAUGAACAAACAUCUUUAUUAGAUACAGCAAAAUCGUUGUAUCAAUAUUUAUUGGAACGUUAUUCAACGCAGCCAUUUUCUUCAUUGAAGGAUCUUAUGGUAACUCAACAGGUACAGUAG